AUAGCAAACACAAAUUUAUAACAAAUUAAAAGAGAUGUCAACCGGCGCUCCGAAUAAUAAUAAUGCUGCAUCCUCCAAUAAUAGUAGUGGUAACAAAACAACAAAUUCAACGUCCUCAUCGAAAGUUCCUGGUAACGAAAAGUCUAAUAAUGCAACAACACAGAAUGCUAAUACCUCAACAGCUGCCAUUCUCAAAUCGUAUCGAGAAAUUGUUAAAGAUCCCAAAAGUCUUGACGAGGCUGCCAACUAUUUGUACCAAUCGCUGUUAGAUGAUGCCGUUGUGGGUGUCUUCAUCGAAAUACAUCAUUUACGCAAGACUGGGAAUCUGUCAGCCAUCGAUGGAGUGCCUGACGAAGAUGCGGAGACAUCAUUUCGCAUCGUUGAUAUGCCAAAUUUUGAUAUAUUUGGCAUUUCCACCGCCAAGAAACCAAUGGACUGCACCUGCCCCAACUGUGAUAGGCCCGUGUCGGCGGCUCGCUUUGCCCCCCACUUGGAAAAGUGUAUGGGCAUGGGUCGCAUAUCAUCCCGCAUUGCAAGCCGUCGCCUGGCCACCAAGGAGAGCAACAGUGCUAGCUCGUCUUCCUCCUCAUCGUACCUGCAAACAAAUGCCGGCAGUGAUGACGAGGACGAUGUUGACUGGUCGUCCGAGAAGCGACGCAAGAAGUCCAGUCAAAAUUCCCGUAAUAAUGGUUCCAAGAAAAACAACGGCAAGACAUUCUAAACUAAAUUUAUGCCAAAAGCGUUAUUUUGUACGAGCUAAUCUCUACUUUGUUUUGCUGCUCUCCUAUUACCACCAUGUACCAUGUACUAAAAUGAAAAUAAUUACGCUAUAGUAAAGAAACAAUGAAAUUUCUUUUUUAAUUCAACUACUAUUUAGUUUAAUUUAUAUAAAUGUAUAUUAUUUUUUUAGUUUGUAAAUGAUAUUUAUAUGUAUAUCAACAAUUACAUUAGAUUUCUUUUUUUUUUUAUAUAUAAAUGUGUAAAUUGUAAGGAACAUUACUUGGUAUUAAUUUAGAUUUGUAAACAAGAGAUGAUGGAAGUGAUUUCGGCAAAAAAAAAUUGUUAAUUAAAAUUACAAUGAAAAUUUAUGUUAAACA